AUGGCAACGGAAGCGCCUUACUUCUACACAGUGGAAGAUGUUUUGGUCACCUCUUGCCCUCUCUACGUUCAUCCCAACGAGAAUCCAUCGAUUGUACUCGUCUCGCCACCGUUGUCUGAGAGCAACUAUCACAGUUGGUCUAGAUCGAUGCGAAUGAGUUUGUUGACCAAGAACAAGCUUGUGUUGGUGGAUGGUUCACUACCAGAACCUGCAGAGGAUCAUCCGAUUCAUCCUUUCUGGCAGCGGUGUAACACGAUGGUUCUUGGAUGGUUGAUUAGGUCUAUGAACACUGAAAUCGCGCAAUCGAUCAUGUGGCGUGAAAGAGCGAUCGAUGUUUGGAAGGAAUUGAAGGAACGCUUUUCUCAAGUGGAUCUUUUCCGAAUCUCAGAGCUUCAGGAAGAAAUUUACAGUUUGAAGCAAGGAGAUCUAUCGGUGACGAAGUACUUCACUGCGAUGAAGAUCUUGAUUGAUGAAUUGGAGGUUCUCAAGUCUCUACCUUCUUGCACCUGUGAAGCUCUGACUAAGAUCAAGGAGGAUCGCAACUCAGAUCAUGUGAUUCAUUUUCUUCGAGGACUCAACGAGCAAUUCUCAGGCGUAAGAUCUCAAAUCAUGCUCAUGGAUCUUCUUCCCAGUAUCAAUCUCGUUUUCCAGUUAGUGGCUCAGCAAGAAAGGCAAUUUUCUGUAGAACAUGUUCUAAAGGUUUUGAUGGCAAACGCGAAUGGAAGUUCUGAUUCUCAGAAAUCUCAUGGCAAUGGAGGUAAAUCCGCCAAUUAUCACUCUGGAAGCACUUCUGGUGCUUAUCGUUCAGGAAGCACUUCUGGUGCUAGUGGUGGCCGCAAUCCACAUGGAGAAUCAAGUUCCACCUACAAUGGAUACCGUAAUCAAGGACGCAAAGUUUGCUCUUAUUGUGGUAGAAAUGGCCACACUGUGGAUGUUUGCUACAAGAAGCAUGGAUAUCCACAGAGUUUCAAGUCCAAGAAUUCAAGCUCUCAAGGUCAUCAGAAGCAUGUCAACAUGACCAUGGGAACUGACUCAGGAGCUAGCACAGAAGAUGAUGAUGCUGGUUUAAUUCAUGGAGACACUAUGUUCAGCCUCACCGAGGCACAAUACAAUAGUCUGAUUUCUCUUAUGCCUGGCCAAGAUCAAGAACCUCAACGCACUGCUAAGGUCAAUUUUGCUCCCACAACCAAGACUUUUGUGGUUGCUUAA